AUGUAUAAGGCACCAUCAAGAUUGUUAAGCAAACGUUGCGUCUGUGUAAAAUUGGACCUCAAAAAUAUUACGCGUUCUUUCAAUAACACAUGCGUUGCGGCUAGUUGCGAAGAUAUGACUGUGGAAAGCCCUCUGAAGAUUCAGUCUGGCCGCCUAAAUCAAACUAUUUUAGAAAGUGGAGACCGUUUUGGCGCCGCUUUCCGCUGGGGAGAGAAGUUCCAUGAAUUUGGUAUGAAAAGGCUGGCAGGAACAAAAGAGGAUGGCGCUGCCAGAGAUUGGUUCAUUGAAGAAUGUAAAUAUCUCGGCUGUAAGAUCAAAGUUGACAAGAUUGGAAACAUUUUUGCCACGUACCCAGGCAAAAACGGCGGUAAACCAACCGCGGCAGGCUCCCAUCUUGACACACAGCCAGAAGCAGGAAAGUACGAUGGAAUUCUAGGAGUCUUGGCUGGGUUAGAAGUAUUGCGCACGUUCAAAGAAAAUAAAUUUGUCCCAAAUUAUGAUAUAUGCGUCGUUUGCUGGUUCAAUGAAGAGGGUGCAAGAUAUGCGCACUCUUGCAUGGGCUCCACUGUCUGGGCUCAAAACAUGCCUAUUCAGGAAGCGUAUGAAAUGAAAUCGAUUAAUGAAGAAAAGCCUGAAAGCGUUUAUGAGUCAUUGAAAAAUAUUGGUUACAUCGGUGACGCUGCUGCCUCUUACAAAGAAAAUGAACUGGACGCUCAUUUCGAACUACAUAUAGAACAGGGCCCUGUUCUGGAAGGCGAGAAAAAGGAAAUUGGAAUUGUGACAGGAGUUCAAGCAUAUCAUUGGGAGAGAAUAACUGUUGGCGGCGUGAGUGCUCACGCAGGUACUACCCCAUGGAGAUUGAGAAGGGACGCCUUGCUAAUGGCUUCAAAAAUGAUUCUUGCUGCAGCUGAUGUGGCAAAGCGCCACGGCGGUCUGUUCACUUGUGGAGUUAUAGAUGUCAAGCCCUAUUCUAUUAACAUUAUUCCCUCUGAAGCCAUUUUCACAAUCGACUUUAGGCACCACUUGGAUGAAAAAAUGUCUGAAAUUAUCAAUGAAACUAAAGUUGAAUUCGACAAACUGGUAAAGGAGGGCAAGACUGCUUACAAGGACGAAGUACUGUUAACCUCUAAGGCUGUGAAGUUUCACGAUGUUUGCAUUGACUGUGUGACAAAAUCUGCUCUAGCUCAAUUUGAUGAGAGCAAGGUCAUGCAACUAUACUCAGGUGCUGGUCAUGACUCUUGUCAAACUUCGAGUCGUAUUCCAACUUCCAUGAUAUUUAUUCCCUCCAAGGACGGGUUGUCUCACAACUAUUAUGAAUACUCUUCUCCGGAAGAAGUUGAAAAUGGUUUUAAGGUUCUAUUGCAAGCAAUUGUUAACUACGACGAAUUGAGACUUCGCAGGGGGUAUUAG